AUCAGUCAAAAUCCACACUCAGAUCAAUCGUUGUAUUAAACGCAAAAAAACGUUUAAACAAUUUUCUAGGAUUAAAUGUUUUGUGUUUACCUUCUCAAAGCCUGAAAUAUCCAUUACAAAGUGAAAACGAUAAUCAAGAAAAAAUGACAGCUUUAUCUAGUUAGAUCCAAAACAAACAUUUGCGAUGUAAUCAUUGUUUUAAACUUUUUUAAAUAUUAUAAUGUUAUGCUCGGUGGAACCUUGACUGAACGUUUAGUCCUAUAGCAGUUUGUCUCUGGAUACAUUUUGGUUAAGUUGUCACUGGAACAUCCACAAUCAUGACCAGAACUUCCAGUAUUGGCAAAACAAAAGAGAAGUACAACUUUGAUGAUGCACUAACGCUCACAGGAUUUGGUCUCUACAAUGUCUACCUUUUCCUUACAAUCGGUGGAUUCUUGAUGUGCGUUAUCAUAGAAACGAUGUCCAUGAUGUUCAUAGUUCCUGCAGCUAAAUGUGAUCUCGACCUGAGUUUAUUCCAACAGGGUCUCUUAUCAUCCAUUAGUUUCUUCGGAGUUGUAUCGUUCUCUUACAUAUGGGGGUUUCUGGCGGACACAAGAGGAAGGCUAGGCAUCCUCAAAAUUAGUCUUUUUACCAGCUUCAUCACUAGCAGUCUUUGCAGUAUAGUGGGGACAAGCUGGUUGUUUAUUGUGUUGAGGUUUAUAAACGGAAUGUGCAUAGGCGGCGCUUCUUCAACGGUCUACGCCUACUUGGGCGAAUUCCACAACGAUCUUCUCCGUCCAAAAAUCGUGUCGGGUGUGGCCACCUUUGUCGCCUUCGGUAACAUGUACCUUCCAGGGAUGGCCUGGCUCAUUCUGCCCCACGGCUGGCGAAUGGAAAUCGAAAUGUUAGACCUGGAAUUCAGGCCCUGGAGACUGCUACUUAUAGUCUACGCCCUACCAAGUCUUCUGUUCCUCCUCAUGCUGUUGAUUUUACCGGAGAGCCCUAAGUUCUUGAUGACCCAAGGCAAGACUAACGAGGUCUUGGAGAUUCUGAAGACAAUGUUCAGGGUGAACAAAGGAUUUGAUAGGGAGGAUUUUAUGGUUUCUGAGAUAAUAUGGGACGAUAUGAAUGUUGCCCCAUCUAAUAAUAUCCUGAAGAUGAUCUGGAGACAGAGUGCUCCCAUACUAAGGUCCCCUCUUCGUAUUAAGACCUUCGCUGUGUCCCUUCUUCAGUUUGGAAUUUUUGCUUCAACUUCUGGCAUGAUAAUGUGGUAUCCCACAAUUCUAAACACGAUGUCCCAUUUUGUCGAAGUCCGUCCUAAUGAUGACUUAACCUUCUGUAAAUCAAUUCAAUGGGAGCAAGCUCAAAAGAAUGUUACUUCUCUGAACCAGCAUGUCUUCAAGGAAUGCAAUGAUUUUGUAAAAACCGAAGUUUUUAUCAUUUUACUGGUCAUUGGAAUGGUUUACGCUAUAAUGUACAUCUGCAUAGGACUCCUGAUAAAUGUAAUCGGAAAGAAGAACCUCCUCUGCACUUUCAUUACGCUAGGAACAAUAUCCGGCUUACUGUCCCAAUAUAUUGUCGGAUACCAGUUGAUUCAGUCUUUGAUAGGUAUUUUCAUCAUAGGAGGAGUAGAAGUGGCUAUUGUGAAUGCCAUUGUGGUGGAUCUUUUCCCUACCCAAGUCAGAGCAAUGGCAUUAGCAAUGUCUUUGAUGUUUGGACGACUUGGAGCAAUGGUUGGCACUAAUAUUGUUGGCCCAGUGAUAUACAAAUACUGUGAUUAUUUAUUUUAUAUGUUUGCAGCUGAUCACAUAAUACUACUGUUAACAGUUUUCCUGUUGCCAUCGAAUCUGCCCCUUCAAAAAAUGAUGGACAAUGAAGCUUAGCAAAUAUCGAAAAACUAGGAAUUAAAUAUUUAUUUUUAUGAAAUUAUAUCCAAUUAUUUUGGAUUUUUAAUAAGUCCUAUUACAUUGUAUUUGUUUAUUUACAUUAUUUAGGAAGAUACUCUCAUAGAGUGCAACAAUUUAUUACAGUAAUUAUACUGACAAGGUUACCCUUACCCAAAUAAACUUUUUUAAUUGUAAUGACAAAGUACGAUCUUUAUAGAUGAAAUCAUCUGUAUAAUAAAAAUCUUUUUGAUAAACUUACAUAAUCUCAA